AAAUGAGAGUUAACGAUGUUGCUACCGUUUCACACCAAAUCCAAUCGAGGUGCUAAUCAAUAACAGGCGCGAUGAAGAUUUUCGGGGUUCUUUUGCUGGUGAUUGCGAGUGUUCUGGUGGGAGCUGGCCCGGUAGGGACAAAGAUCGAUGAUAAUGAAGUUGAUCGAUCAGCACCCAUGUCUGCCAACAUGAAUAACUAUGUUGAUAUCAUUAUGAUACAAAUUGGACCAUGGAUGAAUCAAAACUUUGUUCCCAUCGAUUUGCCAGACUUUAUCGAAGGUUUCGAACACAGGCCAAUUAUAAUCACCUACCAUGGGGAAAUUGAACUCACCAACGGUGUUUUCCAUAGCAUUCAAAGCGUGGUUCGCAGUGGGACUGCGAUGAUGCACUACGACAGAAAAGUUCUACGGGUGGUGUUGGGAGCGAAUAUCAGGCAGCUAGGGUUCACUUACGAUUAUUCUGCACACAUUAUGGACCUGGGUCCAUCCGGAUGGGUUGACGUUGACAUCGCAACCAUGACGUUCGAAUUUGAGUUUGGCAUCGAUUUGUCGAAUUUCUUCAUCUAUCUGGAUCAUUUCCAGCUGACCAACAUUGGCAACUUGAACAUUCGAUUCCGUGGCAACAUUCUGGUUGACUGGCUGUCCAACAUCUUCGUCGGUAUCAUCACCACCAUUUUCAACAACACCAUCACAAACAUCGUAUCCAACUCGCUGCACAGCUUCAUUCAGGCUACCCUGGACGAGAUGAAUGCCCGCGUGCAGGCCCAGGGACGUGCUCUGACUGAGCAAGAGCUGACCAACCUCGUCUACCAGCUGAAGCACAUGUUCUGAGGCAACAACUGAUGCAGAGCAAUAUCGCCCCCGAAUGUUGAACCGAAAUUGAAAUCAAAGUCAAUUUCGGCGUUUCGGCCAAAGUCAAUUCGUUUGGGAGUGUCACAUGCAAAAGGGGGAAAGUGUGAUUCUAGAGUAUAGUUUGAAUUAUAUUAUUUUGCAAAUGUU